UAUGUGUAUAAUUUGUGUUUUGGGUCACUGGGAAACCGUUUCGUGCUAAAUUAUUAUCCAAAGCCUCAAAAUUGAAACGAUUCAACUCAAAAUUCUUCUCUUCUCUCUUCCAUUCGUUCAAACCUCCACCAACAUUCAGUAAUUUGAACAACAGCUAAUAAUUAGAUAUAAUAAUAAUAAAAAAUGAGCGUGAUUGACAUCUUAACUCGCGUAGACGCGAUCUGCAACAAAUACGACAAAUACGACGUCGAGAAGCAAAAAGAUCUCAAUGUCUCCGGCGACGACGCCUUCGCUCGCCUCUACGCCGCCGUCGAUGCUGACAUUGAAGCCGCUCUUCAGAAAGCAGAGCUUGCGUCCAAGGAGAAAAGUAAGGCCUCUGCUGUUGCAAUAAACGCAGAGCUUCGUCGAACUAAAGCUAGAUUGCUUGAGGAAGUCCCUAAGUUGCAGAGGUUAGCAAUAAAGAAGGUUAAAGGGCUCUCUAUAGAAGAACUUGCUGCACGAAAUGAUUUGGUCCAUGCAUUGCCAGAUAGGAUUCAAGCUAUACCAGAUGGAAGUUCAGCUGCACUCAAACAAACUGGAGGUUGGGGGUCUUCGGCUCCCCGAACCGAAAUCAAAUUUGAUUCAGAUGGGCAGUUUGAUAAUGAAUACUUUCAAGAAAGUGAGACAUCUAGUCAAUUCAGGCAGGAGUAUGAAAUGCGUAAAAUGAAGCAGGAUCAAGGUUUGAGUAUGAUUUCAGAAGGUUUGGACACUCUGAAGAAUAUGGCUCAUGACAUGAAUGAGGAGUUGGACAGGCAAGUUCCUUUGAUGGAUGAAAUUGACACUAAGGUGGACAAGGCAGCUGCUGACCUUAAGAAUACCAAUGUUAGACUUAAAGACACUGUUAACCAGUUGAGAUCUAGUCGGAAUUUCUGUAUUGAUAUUGUUUUGUUGAUCAUAAUCCUCGGAAUAGCUGCCUACUUGUACAAUUGUUGACUGGGCCAUCUAGCAUCUUGUUCUACUGUCCACGCAAAAUCUAUAUAGUUGUUGACUGGGGUCAUCUGGCAUCUUGAAUGCCAUGUAACAAUUUUGAAGUGUGAACUGUAGAAAGGAGAUGGUCCAACAUUUACUUAUUUUAAUAUCUAAACAUUUUGUAUGCCUUUAUAUGAUGAAAACUGGAAUUUGGCGUCGAAUGAAAAAUAAGCCUGGAGAGUGGAAUUUGUUUGUCGGGACUUCAGUGUUGGUUUCUGACUUUGAGUGGUGGGGCCGUCAAGCUAUUGAUUUACCUAGAAAACCUAGGAAAGAAUUUGUGCUUGGUUCUUCUAACCCAAGGCAAAUUUUUUUGGUAAGGACUUGCUAAAUUACUAGUGGUCUCCUCCCCCUUAAUUUUCCCUCAAAAGUGAGAUGACCGAUCAUCUUCUUGCAUCUCCCUGAAACUUACAGUGAUGAAUCAGCCGAUGCUCUUAUUUUUGUUGUUUUUUCAAUUGGGAAGUUUCUCUGACAAAGC